CCUCAGCCCCACUGCCGGCCCUUCAACAUUUCCUCUCGGUUCUUAUUGGACGAAAAAGUCCUUGUCCUUCAAGCCAAAAUCCUCGUCUCAUUGGAUGAAUGAGCUGGUCGUGGAACGGCGGCAAAAGAAACGUAGGGAGACUGACUUGGAGACUGGGUUACAGUUCCGGAGAGGAGGCUGGAUGUCGUCACCAUGUUUGGACCAAUAAGCGUAAGAAGUGAAAUGGUUGAGCCUCCCUUUACCACUGAAAGCCCCAACCUCAACUUGAAGCGUUCCUCUGCCUGCACCAAUGUUUCCCUCUUGAACCUAACUGACGGGGAGCGUGACGACUCCACCACUGAGAACGAAUCCACAGAUGAUGGGGGUCCUCCAGGAGCAGCAGGGGGUGAAAGAAGGGAUCCUUUGCUCCCUACCAAACCUGUCUGGUCUGAGGAUGAGGAUGAUACCUCCAGCCAGCAGCAGGAAGUGAGCAAUAGCGGCCUCUUGCGAGCCAAGGACUCCAUCACCAGCCUCAAGGAGAGGACGUCCAAGGUCAACCGCCAUGUUCAGAACCUGCAGAGUGAGUGCACGGUGCUGUGCGAAAACCUGGAGCGACGCAGGCAGGAGGCAGAGGACCUCGAGGAGUAUUGCAGUAAGCUUAAGGAGAGCUGCCGGAAGGUAACAAAAUCAGUUGAGGAUGCUGAAGUUAAGACCAAUGUGCUCAAGAAAAACUCGGUACUCCUGGAAGAGAAACUACGAUUCUUGCAGCGACAGGUCCAGGCAGAAGACCUCGGUCGCCAGGAGCGUGAAUGGCAAGAGCUGGAGCAGCGCAUGGCAACAGGGGUCUCCAAACAUCUACUGGAACUUGUAGGCAACACAGCAGCAGCUGGCCCCAAGCCCCUGAGCAACGAAGAGGGUGAACUGCAACGGUCCACUGCUGCCAUCCUGGCAUCCAUCAACAACCUGCGCGUGGCACUGGAGAGUGGGCAUCUGCGGGCAGGCCCUGGGGAUGAGGUGGGCGCUGAUGGAAAGCCAGCUACAACCUACACCUCGGUUUGGGUCCCUCUACUGGAAGAGAUCAGGAAAUGUGUGCAAGAGCUGGCGGGGCGAUCUCAGCGGGAUGGGCUGACCCAGAAGGAGGUGCUACGAUUGCUGGCCCAGCUGGGUGUGCGUCUGGAGGGAGCGCUUCCGCAGUGGGAGAGGACACACAUGGAACACAGCCAGGUGCUCCGUCUGCUGCGAGAGGAAUUGGACGAGGUCUCUGCUACGGCAAAGCGAACGUCGGUGUCCCUCACUCAGCUCCGUGCUGACUUGGAUGGGCUGUGGCAAGUGAAACCUCUCUUGGAAGAUGUCUCCCGGCACCUCUCAGCAUUCAAGGCCUUGGAGACAUCUGAAAGACUCCCUGCCAGCUGCGCCAGAUGUUCCAGCUAUAGCUUUGUGAACACAGAUGCACUGCGACAGAUGGUGGAGCAUGCUGUGGCGCCCAUCCUGGAGGAACUGAAGCAGAGGGCCCCACCCCCAGGCACGUGCCCCAGCUGCCAGCGCUUACAGAAGAAGAUAAUGGAUCUGGAACAGUCGGCCUUGGAUACUCAUGCACGAGCAGAGGCGCUAAGUUCGAAUGUACGCUUGGCCCAGGAUGAGGCUUUGAGAGCCAAGAACUAUCUGGAGCGGGCAAGGAUCAAUACAGACAGGGAUAAAGCCACCAAUCUGGAUUAUCUUCAGAGCAAGCUGACUUCCCUCCAUUCACAGCUCUCCCUCGUCUCCCAGGAAGGAGUGCUCCAGUCCCCAGCAACCUCCAUAGCUCCUCCUGGAACUCUCACCAAAAGGAGCUCUUGCCCUGCUGAACUAAAUCGUGACCCCCAAUAAAAGAGAAAAAUGGCCAUGA